AUGCCAGGCGGCAACAGGCCAAUAGGUGCCGGCGGGGUGGACAACGAGCGCGCGUCGGCGCAAGCUUGGAAAAAGGUCCAGCUUGGAAACAUAACUGUGGAUGUGGUCCUUGGUGGAAUGCGAGGGAUGAUUAAAAUGCUUUGGGAAACAUCCCUACUUGACCCAGAGGAGACCGGUUACAAAGAGACACCCUGGGGCGAUGCUAAGGCCAUAAAGGCUCUUGCGUCGCGGUGUGACGUAGUUGGGGAUUUGGGAGUGGAUGAUGCCACCGGCGCCUUCUCUGUCACCACGUACGACGCAAAUCACUGCCCUGGGGCAGUCAAGUUCUUGUUUGAGGGUCAAUUUGGUACCAUACUUCACACAGGGGACUGUCGGCUUACACCAGAUUGCGUACAGAAUUUGCCAAUGAAAUUUUUGGAGGGAGCUUCCAGCAUCGACAACCACUUCUACUCAUCUUCAUUUGAGAAAAAUAUACCUGUACUCCUUGGUUUGUUGAGUGUGUGGAAUGUUUCAUUUCUUGGUUAUCCAGCUAGAGCAAUAUUGCCAUAUUCCCAGGCACUUGAGAAAUUGGCACCACAUAUACAACAGCUUAGCAUGGAGAGUAACGGGAAGAUGGUUUUCCCAGACACUUACAUAUAG